AUGGUUUCCUGUCCAAUAUGCGAGAAAGCCGUCCCCCAACUGAAGAUCAAUGACCACAUUGACUCAGGCUGCCAGAGCUUCAUCGAAGAACCGUCCUCCCCAGGGGAACUGUCGUCCCUCCAAAAGGGACCAGUUCCAAGCAUGUUCCAAACUCCGUCCGCUCGCAAAGCUUCUGCCCAGUUGAAUGUUCCCAAGGAGUCACCGUCACGACCCACAACAACCCCACGCGCUCUCAACGGCAAGCGAUCAUUUAUUGAGGAAGCGGAAUCCACGCGGGAGCGAGAUAGGCCAAAGCAAGCCAAUGGUGACGCCAAAGAGCCCCAAGCAAAACGCCCAAAGAUCAAUGCCUUCCACAAAGCAGCACCUCUAGCGGAGCGCAUGCGACCUAAAACCCUGGAGGAAGUUUGCGGCCAAGAACUUGUCGGACCAAACGGUAUCCUACGCGGACUCAUCGAACAGGACCGAGUACCAAGCAUGAUACUAUGGGGCAGCGCAGGGACAGGGAAAACAACAAUCGCUCGUGUCAUUUCGUCGCUGGUGGGCAGCAGAUUCGUGGAAAUCAACAGUACCAGCAGCGGCGUGGCAGAGUGCAAGAAGAUAUUUGCCGAAGCUCGGAGUGAGCUGGGACUUACUGGAAGAAAAACAAUUAUCUUCUGUGACGAGAUUCACCGAUUCUCCAAGUCACAACAGGAUGUCUUCUUGGGUCCGGUGGAGAGCGGCCAGGUCACGCUCAUCGGUGCCACAACGGAGAACCCGUCGUUCAAAGUCCAAAAUGCCCUGCUCUCGCGCUGCCGAACAUUUACUCUUGCAAAGCUCACCGACGAGGACAUCACUUCGAUCCUUCAUCGUGCUCUCCGGGUUGAAGGCCCGAGUUAUUCACCCUCCGAACUGGUGGACGAGGAGCUGAUUCAAUACCUCGCCAGAUUCGCCGAUGGAGAUGCUCGCACUUCGCUGAAUUUGUUGGAGCUAGCGAUGGAUCUGUCAAAAAGGCCUGGGAUGGACAAGGAGGACUUGAAACGAUCCCUGACCAAGACGCUUGUGUAUGACCGUGCUGGAGAUCAGCAUUAUGAUACGAUCUCCGCCUUUCACAAGUCCAUCCGAGGGAGUGAUCCAGAUGCAGCGCUCUACUACCUUGCUCGCAUGAUUCAAUCGGGUGAAGACCCCUUGUAUAUCUCUCGACGACUGAUCGUUGUUGCUUCCGAAGACAUUGGCCUGGCGGAUAACACCAUGCUGUCACUUGCUAUAUCUACACAUUCAGCCGUUGAGAAGAUCGGACUCCCAGAAGCGCGAAUCAAUCUGGCACAUGCUACUGUGGCGAUGGCACUUUCGAAAAAGAGUACUCGCGCAUACCGUGGCUUGAACAAUGUCUUUGCCGCCUUGAACGAGCCAGGAAUCGCGGGCUUGCCCAUCCCUAUUCAUUUAAGGAAUGCACCAACGAAGCUUAUGAAGGAACUGGGCUAUGGUGCGGAGUACAAGUACAAUCCAAAUUAUGUCGACGGCAAGGUCCAACAGGAUUACCUACCGGAGGAGCUUCUCGAUCGCACCUUCUUGGAGGACUUGGAUCUGGGCACACGGAGAGACGUCGAUUUGAACAGUAUAUCAUAUCAGAGAAAUUGA